AUGGCCUCGGAGCUGGCCAUGAGCGCGGAGCUGCCCACGAGCCCCCUCGCCAUCGAGUACGUGAACGAUUUCGACCUGAUGAAGUUCGAGGUGAAGAAGGAGCCGGCGGAGGCGGAGCGGCUGUGCCACCGCCUGCCCGCCGGGUCCCUGUCGUCCACCCCGCUCAGCACGCCCUGCUCCUCCGUGCCUUCCUCGCCCAGCUUCUGCGCUCCCAGCCCCGGUGGACAACCGGCCCCCGGCCCCCCGGCUACCACCGCCGCUUCCCUGGGCUCCAAACAGCAGCUGGAGGAGCUGUACUGGAUGUCGGGUUACCAGCAUCACCUCAACCCCGAAGCUCUCAACCUGACGCCGGAGGACGCGGUGGAGGCGCUGAUCGGUGCCCCUCACCACCAUCAUCAUCACCACCAAGGGUACGAGCCCUUCCGACCUCAGCCCUUCGGGGGCGAGGAGCUGCCGCCGGCUGCGCAUCACCAUCCCGGCCAUCACCAUCAUCAUCAUCACCACCUACGCCUGGAGGACCGGUUCUCCGACGAUCAGCUGGUGAGUAUGUCCGUGCGGGAGCUGAACCGGCAGCUGCGGGGCUUCAGCAAGGAGGAGGUGAUCCGCCUCAAGCAGAAGAGGAGGACCUUGAAGAACCGGGGCUACGCUCAAUCCUGCCGCUACAAGCGGGUCCAGCAACGGCACAUCUUGGAGAACGAGAAAUGCCAACUGCAGAGCCAGGUGGAGCAGCUCAAGCAGGAGGUGACCCGCCUGGCCAAGGAAAGGGAUCUGUACAAAGAAAAAUACGAGAAGUUGGCCGGCCGGGGCUUCCCGCGGGAGCCCUCCCCAUCCGCCGCCCCGAAAGCCACCGCUGACUUCUUCAUGUGA